AUGUUUUCUUCUUCAGAUGCCGAUUGUGUGAGUGCAGCAGAGAUAGAGAUUGUGUCUAGGCUGAUCUCUGUGUUGACCAGAUACAAGAACCGCAUGUCUGUGGUGUCUGAGGUGGAGGAUGAUGAUAUGCUAUGUCCUAUAUGUUGUGCGUACCCUCUCACAGUUACAUUCGUCCCUUGUACUCACCAGUCGUGCAAAUCGUGUAUCACACAUCACCUGAUGAACAGUAAGGAGUGUUUCUUCUGCAAGACAGCUAUCACAAGAGUCACGUCCGUUGACGGGUCUGUCAUAUUUGAAGCCCCCGCCACAUCCGACUCCGCUAGUCUUAGAAGCUAGAACUACCGACACCAACACUAUAACCCAAUUCUAGUCAAUCACUAAGUCAAACAAGCUUAAUACGCUUAUAUUUUUAUUUGACUACUUUUCGUUUGUACUAAUUUAUUUCAAGAUAUUUCUUCUGUUUUUAAUUCAAACACAUUUUGGUUUUUGUGUUUUUUUAUGAUUUUUAUUUUUGACUUUUCAUGACAUUUUACAACAUAUCGUAAUGUUUUAAAUGUU